GUUGGGAUGGCGGAGGUGGCGUGCGCCAUGUCCGCGCUGUGGCGGCGGCUGGCGGCGCUGGGCCGGCGGCUGGCGGCGCUGAGGGGAGCGGGCGGCGACGAUACUUUCUUAAUGAAAGGUGCUGCUACUCUGGAGAAAUUGAAGGACCUCUAUACAGAAGAGAAAGAAAAAACAAAUCCUUCUGAGCUUUUGCAGCUUUAUGCACAGGCUGUCUUAGAUAUAACAUAUUUUGAGGAAAACCAGCUUGUGGAUGAAGAUUUUCCAGAAGAUUAUUCCUUACAAAAAGUUAAAGAACUUACUUGUAUUCUUUCAGAACCGGAAGACUUACUGAAAGAAUGCAACAUAAAUGAAGAAUCUACCAGCAUCCUUGGCACAGAGUUAUUUGAAUGUCUUUACUGGAGAAAAGGAGCCCUGCUUUACAUGUAUUGUCACACUGUAAAAGAAAGGAGUGAAUGGCUAAGAGAAAAUAUCAGCUUAUUUAAAAAGUGUCUUAGUGAUGGAGUCCAUUACUUGAUGAAGAUGCUUAGCUUUAGAUGCCCUCUACAGGUAGAUGAAGAUGUCUCAUUUCAGGAUAAAGAUACAGCUAGAUUACUCAGUGAAGGUGUGUUUAGUGAUACCCACUUACUGGCAAUGAUGUACAGUGGAGAAAUGUGCUACUGGGGACUGAAACACUGUGGAGAAAGGAAGCAAAAAAGCCUUGAGACGACAGAUGCAGCAUCUAGCAGAUCGCAGAGUGCAUCACUGGCUUUCCGAGAAGUGGGCAAAAACAUGUUAACAAAAUACGUGGCAGCAUGUGAAGGACCUUUAAAAGGACAAGGGUGGAACACAACGAGCGCAAAGCAAAUGUUGCAUUACUUCAGGAAAUCCCCCGUCUGAAGCUGGUGCUGUUGCUGUCGCUCUCGGGGGCAGCUCACUGCAGGAGGAAUGUGCCUAGGGAGCUGCUCUGCGCUGAGGCCAGACGCUGCCCGCUCGCUGACUGCCUGGCCCGGACGCGAGCGCUGCUGCAGGGGCACCGCUUGCAAGGCCGCUGCGGCGCAGCCCGGUAAAGCCGUGCCCGCUGGAGGUUCGGCUCGGCCGGCGGUGGCGGGGUGCGGGCGCCGCCCUCGGCGCGGAGGCGUU